AUGGAAUCUCUCAAGUCCCUUAGCUCCUCAGCAGCACUGCUUCUCUUGCUCAUUGCACUCGCAGUGCAGACUCAACUGGCUCACUCGCAGCAGUGCACAUCGCAACUCAGCAGCCUAAAUGUUUGUGCACCAUUUGUGGUGCCUGGUGCCACUAACACCAGCCCUAAUUCUGAAUGCUGUAAUGCUCUAGAGGCAGUGCAACAUGACUGCCUCUGCAGCACUCUUCAGAUUGCAUCUCGCCUUCCUUCUAAAUGCAAUCUUUCACCUCUCACUUGUGGUAACUAG